GGACAGAACCAUGGCUUUCCUGGCCUCCUAUCCUAUGAUAGCUCGGCUGCUCGAGGCAUCUGGCGUUCACAACUUGUAUUGACUAUUGAACCGUCCGGUCCAGGUGCUGAGCUAACAGUGAACACUAAAGGGUUUCAAAUCCAACCGGUUUCGACCGAGGUGCCAGCCAACAGAGGCCAAACACGAACACCACCACAUAUAACUGCGUGCCCCAACUGCGCCAUAGCAGUCUCCAGAACAACACAACUACAAAAAGGCAAACUACUCUUUCCUCUCUCCUCCCCCCGCUAACGUAAAACCCUAGCGCCCACAUCCGAGCUUAAAGCUUCUCAAUCAUGGAUAUUGAAGAGGAAAUCCGCUCAUUGCAGCUUGAGUCAUCAGAAGAUAAUGGGGUGACUAAUCCCGAGGAGGCAAAGCCUGAAGAAAUUGAAAAACUGGACAAAAUGGAAGAAGAUUCAAAGGAUGAGGCCCAUAUGAACUUGCAGGCUGUGCAACUUGAGCAAAAAGUGAAGGAUAAGGCACCUCCCGCUCCAGAAGAUACUGAUGCACUGGAUGAAGAUGAAGGAGCUAAGAAACGACACUUGAAUGUUGUUUUUAUUGGCCACGUGGAUGCAGGCAAGUCCACGACUGGAGGUCAGAUACUUUUCCUUAGCGGUCAGGUUGAUGAUCGUACUAUUCAAAAAUAUGAGAAAGAAGCUAAGGAUAAAAGUAGAGAAAGCUGGUAUAUGGCAUACAUCAUGGACACCAAUGAAGAGGAGAGAGUUAAGGGUAAAACAGUUGAGGUUGGAAGAGCACAUUUUGAAACAGAAUCCACGAGAUUUACAAUUUUGGAUGCUCCGGGUCACAAAAGUUAUGUACCAAAUAUGAUAAGCGGGGCAUCUCAAGCUGAUGUUGGUGUGCUGGUGAUAUCUGCUCGGAAAGGGGAAUUUGAAACCGGGUAUGAGAGAGGUGGACAAACUCGUGAACAUGUGCAACUUGCGAAGACUUUGGGGGUGUCUAAGCUGUUUGUUGUUGUAAAUAAAAUGGAUGAUCCAACCGUGAAUUGGUCCAAGGAGAGGUAUGAUGAAAUUGAGUCAAAGAUGAUACCAUUCCUAAAGUCUUCUGGUUAUAAUGUGAAGAAAGAUGUGCUGUUUCUUCCAAUAUCUGGUCUAAUUGGUACAAACAUGAAAAUAAGAGUGGAUAAAAGUAUUUGCAAAUGGUGGAAUGGUCCAUGUCUCUUUGAGGCCCUUGAUGCUGUUGAAGUUCCUCUGCGAGAUCCAAAAGGUCCAUUUAGGCUGCCAAUCAUUGACAAAUUUAAAGACAUGGGAACUGUUAUUAUGGGCAAGGUGGAAUCUGGUAGUGUGCGCGAGGGUGAUACCAUGCUGGUCAUGCCAAAUAAGGCCCAGGUGAAAGUUGUUGCUGUAUACUGUGAUGAGAACAAAGUUAAACGUGCAGGACCUGGUGAAAACCUACGAGUGAGAUUAUCUGGAGUAGAAGAUGAGGACAUAUUAUGUGGUUUUGUUUUAUCAAGUGUUGUGAAACCGAUAGUCGCAGUUUCUGAGUUUGUUGCCCAGCUGCAGAUCCAUGAGUUGCUUGACAAUGCAAUUUUUACUGCGGGCUACAAGGCUGUUUUGCACAUUCAUGCAAUUGUUGAGGAAUGUGAGAUUGUUGAGCUUCUUAAACAAAUUGAUCCAAAGACGAAGAAACCUAUGAAGAAGAAAGUUCUCUUUGUAAAGAAUGGUGCUGUUGUUUUAUGCCGCAUUCAGGUGAAUAACUUGAUUUGCAUUGAGAGGUUCUCCGAUUUUCCUCAGCUUGGAAGGUUCACUCUUCGAACAGAAGGAAAAACUGUUGCAGUGGGUAAAGUUACUGAUCUCCCUACUGCGCCUGCCAGUAGUACUUGAGCAAUUUUGGCAUAAUAGAGAUGCUGUGGAACAGGACAGCUUAAAUUUUAUACAAAAAUUGAGAAGCAGCACUGAGGGAAUUGGAAGUGCAUGGGUGCCUUGUUGAGCCUGGGCUGUAUGGGCUAUGGCAUAAAAGAGCUGCUGGCUUUUGUAUUCUUAUUUAUUUGAGAGUUUGUUAUUUAGUGAGUUAAUUUAUUCUGGCGGUCCUUGCUUUAAUUGGAUGCCAUUUUUACAAAGCUUCUUUGUACCUAAAAAAAAAAAUGUACUGGUUGUCCAGACUUCCACCUGCCCUUGGUAGGUGAUAUUAUAUUAUAUAUCUAUAAUCAUGGUUGCUGAUAA